AUGGCGUCAAGCAAACCCUUGUCUGAUACAGCGCUGCAAAGGAUAUUGGAAAAUUGGUCAGACAUUGACUCGGACGACGAAAUCGACAGUAAUAUAUUUGUACCUUCUCCACAAAACUCAUUUUUUGAACCAACUGAUGACAUAGUGGAACGUGGAUUAGAACGUAUUUUUAUGAAUUCUGAGGAGGUUGAAAGUCCUCCUACUCCCCCAGUGCCAGGUGAAAUAGAAAUACAUACAACAAACAGGUUAAAUUUGACCAUAUCUAAACCAGUCAGGAGCUAUGAAGAUUGGAAGAUGAAAAAAAAUACACAUAAAAUUCCUAAAUUUACAACCAAGUUUGGAUCAAAAAUUGCAUAUUCACAUAAAAGUCAACCAAUUGAAUUUUUCGACAAUAUGUUUCCAGAGCAGCUCAUAAAUACUAUCGUGACUGAGACCAAUCGUUACGCCACUCAAGAAAAGCACAUUUUCGAUCCAACUAAUCCAGCUGAAAUCAGAGCAUUUCUCGGCGUAAUGAUUAUGAUGGGCUUACAUCCACUGCCGGAUUAUGAGCUGUACUGGUCAACAGACCGAUUUUAUAAUAACCCCGAUAUUUCAGCGGCAUUCAGUUUGAAAAGAUUCAAGAAAAUACUUGAAAAUUUGCACCUGAACAACAACAGUACUGAAGCUCCCCGUGAUUCCGUGAAUUUUGAUAGGUUGCACAAGCUAAGGCCACUAAUAGAUAUACUGAAUAGAAUAUUUAUAGAACAGGCGGAAGAAUCAACAGUUUAUUCAGUGGACGAGUGCAUGGUGAAGUUCAAAGGGCGGUCUACAAUGAAGCAGUACAUGCCCAUGAAGCCAAUAAAACGUGGAUAUAAGGUAUGGGCUCGGUGUGAUGCAAAGACUGGCUAUUUAUACGCCUUCGAAAUUUAUACAGGAAAACAGGAAACUCUGGAUGAAGCUGGUCUUGGUUUUACGGUAGUGACGAAUUUAUGCCAGAAUGUGCCGCGAAACUCUUUAGUCACCUUCGAUAAUUUUUUUACGAGUUGCAAGUUGGUUGAUGUUCUGUAUGAAAAUGGAAUUUUUUCGAUUGGGACUGUCAGGAAGACUAGAAAAGGAUUACCAGAGUUCAUGAAAGAGAAACCUACAAACAAGAGAGAAAAACUUGCGAAAAAUGAGUUCGCGGCCUUGACUAGUGAGCCUAUAGUAGCUGUUAAGUGGCUAGAUACAAAGGAAGUUACUGUUCUUUCGUCUGCGCAUAAGUCAUCGGAAGUAACCACUGUAAAGCGAACACAAAAGGACGGCACGAAAAAGGAAGAAGAAAGUCUCGGAAAUUCUGGAUGCGAUUAUUCUUCUUCAUGCUGGAUGCUGCAAUCAUAA